AUGGAAUCCGGAUAUACUUCAAAAGGGCUGAGCAACGGAGGCUUACGCCAUCACCACGCAUCCCACCCCGGCUUACUAUAUCCUACGCCCGAAGUACGAGGGCUUCGUGGCACCUUUGUCUUGACCCAGAACGCAAUGCCGCCGCCGUACACCCCACUCAAUGCCGACAAGGACGAGAUCCGCAUUUUGACGCUGCUGCCUGGUCAAUCCUCGGAUCCCAUAGAUUGUACCCUUCAAGUCGCUUCGCUCGAUGAUGCUCCAAAGUACGAAGCCCUAUCGUACGUGUGGGGUGAUGCAGUUGUCCAAAGAGAGGUUUUCGUCGACGGCCACCCUACCAACGUUACUGUCAGUCUCGAGACGGCGCUUCGAGCUCUCCGAAAUGAGGACAAGCCUCGUGCCCUGUGGGCUGACGCCAUCUGCAUGAAUCAAAGCGAUAUUCUGGAGAAGAACUUCCAGGUCCCGCUGAUGGGGAGAGUGUACGCCGAAGCGGACUCCGUUUUGGUAUGGCUCGGAGAGCCAAGUCCAGAAGUGGAACUUGUCAUCACAUGUCUAUCGCGACCCGGUGUUGACCAACCGGAACUGCUGUCUGGACUCCUUUCAGAGAUGUCCUUCGACGACCUAGUAAUGUUCUGGGAAGGGCUCAAUCAAAUGAUUACGCAUAAGUACUGGACGAGAAUGUGGACCUACCAAGAAUUUCGAUUGGCAAAGGCGGAACCAAUUAUUGUUCUUGGGAGGUCCGUAUUGUACCCUUCUCAGCUAGAGUCAGGCAGCAAAGAGGUCAUGGAUGCUCUCGAGAGCGCAUUGGACACGUCAGACCAAAAAUAUGACCGGGCACGGUUUGGAAAGGCUUGUCGCAGGCUUCGCUGGCUCUUUGAACGGAGCAAGACCUUCGCCAUGGUCAAGAAUCCUUUAGAGCAAUGUACCUUGAACAACCAAUCCCCAGAGACCCUAUCACAACUCCUCAUCGACACUUGCGUCCGCCGAUCUGAGGAUCCUCGGGACCACAUUUAUGCUCUCUACGGGCUGCUCCCCAAAGUAAGGCAAGCUUUACCUCCAGAUUAUGGGAGACUGCCGAGACAUAUCAUGCAUGACAGCACGAUGUAUGUCAUCAAUGAAAACUCGGCCGCUUUUGGUGCUCUGUUGCGCAUUUACUGUCUCCAAGGCGACCGCCUUAGCGACUGCAGCGUGCCAUCUUGGGUCCUUAAUUUCGCUUCUACUUUGCCAAUAUGGGACUCCCCAUAUGCCCCGCCAGAAACCAUUCACCAUCUUAGUCCGAGCGUUGGUUUGACGGAGCAAGUCGCUGAGGAUAACUCGCUAGAGAUUUCGGACGAUGGGAAAUUGCUCUUCAUACGCGCGCGAUCAUUGGGAAGAUGCAACGUGCAUUUCAGGUUCAGCGACGACUUGAGUGAAGUAGCUAGCCAACCCACGAGGGCACUCAGUCACAAAACUUGGUUGAGAAAAUCACCCGGGACGACCUGGAAACCUUACACGUCAAGCAAGAUGACGGAAGCGAUGAACAACAUGAAGUACGUCGAUGUCUUCGACGAUUGCCAGGCAAAACAGUUUUCUCCACACCCGCUUGCACUAUGGGAAUCACUGUGGCAGCUGUACAGGAUGGAGAUGUCGUGGUUACAUCAGGCGCAGUUUCCUCACCAAUGA